UAUGAUGAUGGUUGUGAGCAUACAAAUACCCAGUGUGAGGAGAGAAUCUUCCUUUGGUUCUGGGUACUUUCCCCUUCCAACUGCGAGGAGAGAGGGGUCUUCUUCUUCUCCAACCAAGGAGAUCCAGCAACCUAUCAAAGGAGAGAGAGCGAGAGACCGCUUCGUCGUUUUGGUUCCUCGAUUUCGCUCGAAAGCCGUCGAUUUGGAGGCGGAGGAAUUCGGCUUUAGAUUCAGCUGGGCUUUAAUUUGGAUCGAUUUUGAUAUCUGGGUUGCGCGUGGGAUUAUUUUUGUUGGGCUAUAAAGAAGAGGAGAGAAGAUAAGAGAUGAGAACAAGCAUCUUUUCUCCCAGCGUGGAAACUGACUUGAGAAUGGAAGAAAUGUUCCUUCAAAAAUUUUGAGCUCUUGAAUUGGUGGAUGUUUGGCAUCAUAAAAGCAUUUUCCCCUCGGAGAAUUACAAGUUCUUGAAAUUGUCCCUUUUUCCCAGUUUGGUUGCCUUUUUUAAAGCAUGAUUAAACAAAUACUAGGACGGCUCCCUCGGAAGCCGUCAAAGUCUGCGGAUAAUCGGGAUUCGAGUGGUGGAUCAACUCCUUCAUUGUCAAGUUCUUCUACCAGUUCAAGAAGUGGGGAUUUGUUGAAUAGUAGUUUUUCAGAUCCGAGCAGUCAGGUUCUUCCUGGAUUGAAUCCGGGGUUGAAUCAUGGAAGCAGAUACAGUCCAGCAGUUCAGUUGAAGCUAAAUGGCAGUUUAGUCUCCCCCGCAUAUGAAGCAUUGCCAAGCUUUAGGGAUGUCCCAAGCUCUGAAAAGCAGAACUUGUUCAUGAAAAAGUUGAACUUUUGUUGUGUUGUGUUGGACUUCACUGAUCCAACAAAGAAUUUGAAAGAGAAGGAUGUAAAGCGGCAGACAUUGUUAGAGCUUGUUGACUAUGUUACUUCAGCGAACGGGAAAUUUCCUGAGAAUGUCAUCCAAGAGACCAUUAGGAUGGUAUCAAUGAACUUGUUCAGGGCCCUCACUUCCCCUCCCAGAGAGAAUAAGGGUUUGGAAGCCUUUGAUUUGGAAGAGGAAGAGCCUGUGAUGGACCCAGCAUGGCCACACUUGCAAAUUGUUUAUGAGUUAUUUUUAAGGUUUGUUGCAUCUCCUGAGACUGAUGCCAAGUUGGCUAAAAGAUACAUAGAUCAUUCCUUUAUUCUUAGGCUACUUGAUCUCUUUGAUUCUGAAGACCCUAGAGAGAGGGAGUACUUGAAGACGAUACUUCACCGUAUCUAUGGAAAAUUUAUGGUGCACCGCCCAUUCAUCAGGAAAGCUAUUAACAACAUCUUCUAUCGUUUUAUCUUUGAAACAGAAAAGUUUAAUGGGAUUGCAGAGCUUUUGGAGAUUUUGGGAAGCAUUAUCAACGGAUUUGCUCUGCCACUGAAGGAAGAGCAUAAAUUGUUCCUCGUUCGAGCAUUAAUCCCCCUUCACAAGCCAAAGUGCAUAGCCAUGUACCAUCAACAGUUAUCGUACUGCAUCACUCAGUUUGUUGAGAAGGACUGCAAGCUUGCGGAUACUGUGAUAAGGGGUCUGUUGAAAUACUGGCCCAUCACAAAUAGCUCAAAAGAAGUAAUGUUCCUGGGGGAGCUGGAGGAGGUCCUAGAGGCAACUCAGCCUGCAGAAUUUCAGCGAUGUAUGGUUCCACUUUUCCGCCAACUCGCUCGCUGCUUGAAUAGUUCGCACUUUCAGGAAGCUUCUUGUGGUCCUUUUGCAGGUUGCAGAGAGAGCAUUAUUUUUAUGGAACAAUGAUCAUAUUGAAAGCUUAAUCAAACAAAACUGUAAGGUGGUUCUACCAAUUAUCUUCCCUGCUUUGGAGAGAAAUACAAAGUCUCACUGGAACCAAGCUGUUCAGAGCCUCACGCUAAAUGUUCGUAAGAUAUUUUCUGAUCAUGAUCCUGAGCUAUUCACGGAGUGCUUGAAGAAGUUUGAAGAAGAUGAAUCUAAAAAAGAAGAGAUUAAGUCGAGACGCGAGGCCGCAUGGAAGCGCCUAGAAGAAAUUGCCACUUCGAAAGCUGCAAGUAAUGAGGCUGUUCUUAUUUCCCAUGUCAUGCCCCAUCAAGUUUCUUCUGGUUAAAACCAUGUCUAUUUGGUAGCUCAAUAUAUUCAAUUGUCUAACAAGAUUAUGAUCAUGGAAACGGGUAAUAUUGGAUACUUAUGGAUUGUUGCUCACCUUUUGCUUCUGAAUUGUUUGGGUUGUCAGGUCCUCAAAGAUCCAUGAACACUGUACAGGGUUAAACUGUGUAUAGGAGGUAUGAAGGAUGUGAAGCAACAAAAAUGUCAAAAACUUGUUGGAGAUUACAACCGUUGGACAACCACAGGAGAACAGAACACAGCCUGUCAGUUUGGGCGUUAUGCUUGACAUGUGAAAGGGUGUUGUAUUCGAAAUUUGCAGAUGACUGCUUUACCUUUCUUUUCAGAUUUUGGUGAUGAUUUGUUGGAAUAUUUAUUGGAGCAGUCCUCAUUUAUUGAUGGUUGUCUUUUUUUCAAGCAAUUGAUGCUAGAUGAAUGCAACGUUGCUGUAGCAUGAGCCAUGAAUACAAUUAUCAUCACUUCUCCUUUCUUUCUUUCUUUUUUUUUUUAAAUGAAAUGAACCGGCAGCACCUUUAUUCCA